UUAUAUUAAUUGCCCCCCAACAUUUUCUUCUUUCUUCUUUCGCCUGGAAAUUUUUUUCCACCCAAAAAGCCCCCAGAAAUAGCCACACUCACACUCACAGAGAGAGAUAGCCGAUUCAGAAAAGCGCGAGUGAGGAAGCUUAGUCGCUUGAGGAGCGAAUGACCGGAACAACGCUUACACCGCAGGCGGCGAGUAACUUAGUCAGUCUCAAUAUUGGUGGCGGCGCCGGGCAGCAGGUCUCGGCUUCGUUCGUCAACUCCUUCCGAAUCACCGCCGUCGCCGACCGGCUGCUCGCUCACGUCCAGUCUGGUUAUCGCGGCGAUGCCAUGGAGUUCUUCAACCUCUGCCUCUCUCUUUCCAGAGGAAUUGACUAUGCCGUUGCGAACAAUGAGGUUCCGGCGAAGGCGUCCGAUUUGCCUGUUCUGUUGAGACAGAUAUGCCAAAGGAAAAACAAUGACGUUUUGCUAGCUGCUAUCAUGGUGCUGAUGAUAUCUGUGAAGAAUGCUUGUAGUACUGGAUGGUUUUCGGAGAAGGAGAGUGAAGAGCUAUUUUCUUUAGCUAAUGAGAUCUCCAGUAGGUUCUGUGGCUCGGGGGAUAUUACAACCGGACCUAGCUGUUCUCUUUCUAAUGUUGAAAAAGUUAUGGAGAGAUAUUAUCCAACGAUGAAGAUGGGCCACAUUCUUGCCUCUCUCGAAGUUAAGCCUGGAUAUGGAACGUACGUGCUUGAUUUCCAUAUUUCAAAGAGUACCGCGUAUUCUCCUCAAGAAAAAAUUAGCUUGACCUACCUGUCAUUUAUAAAAGUCAUCAUUGUUCUUAGCCUCUGUAUUUUCCUGCAGCGGUUAUUUGUUGCACAAACAGAUAAUAUGGAGACAUCUUCUUGUAUUAUAAGUCCCCAACAAGUGAACUUUCUUCUCAAUGGAAAGGGAGUAGAUAAAAGGAUCACUUGUUCAAUGGAUACUGGAUCACAGUUGCCUUCAAAUGUGACUGGAAUGCUUAAAUAUGGAACAAAUCUUCUUCAAGCUGUGGGCCAGUUCAAUGGUCACUAUAUCAUAGUGGUUGCCUUUAUGAGCAUCGCAUCAUCACUUGACACCCCAGUACUGAAAGAUUAUGUUCAGCCCAUCGUACCUUCCUCACCAGAUACUGAUAUAGUUGAGGGGCGAUCAAAAAUAUCACUUAAUUGUCCCAUAAGCUCUAGGCGUAUCAAAACUCCUGUUAAAGGAUAUUUGUGCAAACAUCUUCAGUGCUUCGACUUCGAUAACUUUGUGGUUAUGAAUAUAAGACGACCAAGGUGGCGCUGCCCCCAUUGUAAUCAGUAUGUCUGCUAUUUAGAAAUUCGGAUCGAUCAAAAUAUGGUCAAGGUCCUGAGAGAGGUAGGAGAGAAAUUUUCUCAAGUAAUUAUCUCUGAAGAUGGAUCAUGGAAGGUUGAGUUGGAAAAAGAUGAUGAUCUAGAUGUGGCAGACAAACUGAAAGAAACAUCUGAGAAGGAUGAAAGUACUCCAGGUCUUAGUGUUAUGGAUCUUACCAAUGAUGAUGAUAUUGAGAUGGAAACGGCUAGUGCUUGUGGACCUGAAGAUGUGAAACCUUUGAGCAAUACAAACACUGCUCAGCUAGAGGAUGACUUUUGGUCUGGAGUUUACUUGGCUAAUAGCGGGCUCACCCCUGGCACACAAUUGGCUAAUUGUAUCUCUCACUCUGGUCCCAGUUCUUUACAACCUUCCUUGUUGUCUGAUGCUGUUUCUCUUGCACUUAAUCGAGAAGCUGGGAGUCAUAGGAACACAGAUUUUUUGAUGUCUGUAAUGCAUAAUCAAUUUUCUACUCCCAAUAAUGUGAACUCACAACAGUUGCAAUCUGCAAAUCUGAUUGGUAGCAAUGAGUAUGGGAUAUCACAAAUAUUACCCAGAGAACUGGGCUCCGGGCUGCCAAUAGUAAGGAAUCCAAUAGCAGUCCAGGCCCUUCCAGCAUCGUCCCCAACAAUGGGCUCGCAACAAAGACCCAGAACUAGUUUCAAUAACUCAGCUCCCAAUAUUGCCUCCCUCACUUCUCAGGCCGGCCAGUCUAUCACUUCCCCAGCAAAUGUUCUCAAUGCAGUAUGUAGCGACUUGGAAAGGCAACAGCACUUCUCUAGGCCCCGAAUGAAUCCAGUUCAAGUGUCAGACAUUGCUUCAUCUUCAUUGCAUCAUGGCUCAAGAACAACACAGAAUCGGGUUCCCCUAGAUCGGUCCUUUACUCAUGGUCAAUCUGCUGUUGGCAUUCCGGUUCCAAGCCAAUUGCAAAGUGCUAGCAGAGUAUCUUCGGGGCUCCAGGGGUUCACAAAUGCACACCUACAGCAAACUUUUAAUCCGAGGCCUCACCCAACUGUGGGCCAGUCUUCAAGUGCACAUUCCUCGCGGUCCCAUGUGAUGCAGGGGAGUGCACAAGUUGGAAUUGGUCAAACACCAAGUUCUUUAAACAACCAACAGAGUUUCAUAAUGGCUGCUCAGCGAGCUGCUCAGGCCAGGCAGUCUUCACCAAUGACAGCACAAAAUCAAACUCCCAGAACCAGGCCAUCUUUGUCUGUAAAUGCUGCAGGGUUUAGAGGAUCGGCAGGGGAUCAGCGUGGAAACAUUGGAGGAACUGUCCAAGCAGUUUCAGGGGCUGAUGGGUUGGGGAAUUCACCAUCUGAACAGAAUUGGCGACCAACAGGUCGAAUGCGUGGAAGUCUCUCAGGUCAGGCUUAUAGUGCUGCUUUGAACCAGUUCAUAAUUCGGCCAACCCAACCAACUGAAACUGCGAGACCUGCACCACACCUGACUCCUCCCUCACACCUGACCACUCCAUCACACCUGACCCCUCCUCCACACCUGACCCCUCCCCCACACCUGACCCGUCCUCCACACCUGACCCGUUCCUCACACCUGACCUCUCCACCAUCUGUUCCAUCCCAGCUGCCUUCUAAUAUGAGCGCUCAGGUUCCUCAACUACCUAAUAAUCAUCCUCAAUAGAUUGUUCUUGUCUGAGUGGUUUCAUAUGAGUAUUCUGCACAGGUUGACUUGGAGUUGUUUAUGCUGUUGUAUAUAUUAUAAUAGUUGGUCAAUUUUGUAUUCCUUGGUCAACCGGGUAAGUUGAUUUAGGAAUUAGGAGUUUGUUUUGUAGAGUAAUGAUUGGGGCUAAUUGUAGUACAAGUUUUGUCUGUUGUAGUUGUGAUGUUAUCUAUAUAUCUAAUCGUUUUGUCUACAACAACAAUUAUAUUGGCUUAACUAGAUUUGUUCAA